CCCGACGGUGAUGAUACAUUCGAUUGCGUUCAGCCGCGUUAUACAUAAUAAUAUUAUUACAUUGUGUAGUGUGUACUCGGCGUCGACGCCCGACCGGUCUAGUUUCCAUUUGAUUUGGAUCUGUCGGUUUGUUAGUCAUCAGAGGAGCGAAAAAGAAAAAUAACAAAGUGUCCGGUCAUAAAUUCUACUUACUACAAAAAUAAACAUGGACAGCCACGGCAAAAAAGUUGUUGUAUGCGAUAACGGCACCGGAUUUGUUAAAUGUGGCUACGCUGGAUCAAACUUUCCCGCUCAUAUAUUUCCAUCGAUGGUUGGCCGACCGAUAAUCCGUGCACACAAUAAAAUCGGCGACAUAGAAGUGAAAGAUUUAAUGAUAGGCGACGAAGCUAGUCAGCUACGAUCCAUGCUAGACGUUACGUAUCCCAUGGAAAACGGUAUUGUUAGGAAUUGGGACGAUAUGUGUCAUGUAUGGGAUUAUACAUUUGGACCAAAGAAAAUGAACAUCGACCCUAAAGAAUGUAAAAUUAUGUUGACCGAACCGCCCAUGAAUCCAAUCAAAAACCGAGAAAAAAUGAUCGAAGUGAUGUUUGAAAAAUAUGAAUUUGACGCCGUUUACGUAGCUGUACAAGCUAUCCUAACGUUGUACGCUCAAGGCUUACUCAGCGGUGUGGUCGUCGAUUCCGGCGAUGGCGUCACGCACAUAUGUCCAGUUUACGAAGAAUACGUUCUACCUCACUUAACGCGACGAUUAGACAUUGCCGGUCGCGAUGUCACUAGAUAUUUAAUAAAGUUGUUACUGUUAAGAGGAUACGCUUUCAAUCAUUCGGCAGAUUUCGAAACCGUCAGAAUGAUGAAGGAGAAACUGUGCUACGUCGCAUACAACAUUGAGACUGAACAAAAAUUAGCGUUGGAAACUACUGUUCUCGUACAAUCGUACACGUUGCCCGACGGCCGUGUGAUCAAAGUGGGCGGUGAAAGAUUCGAAGCCGCCGAAGUGUUAUUCCAACCGCACUUAAUCAAUGUCGAAGGACAAGGAAUCGCCGAACUGGUUUUCAACACGAUUCAGACGGCCGACAUCGAUAUGAGAACAGAACUGUAUAAACACAUUGUACUUUCGGGGGGUUCGACAAUGUAUCCGGGUCUGCCGUCCAGACUGGAACGGGAAAUCAAACAGCUGUACGUGGAGCGUGUGCUGAAAAACGAUACGACAACGUUAUCGAAACUCAAGAUUCGUAUCGAGGACCCGCCGUUACGCAAGGACAUGGUGUUCAUCGGCGGUGCCGUCUUGGGAGAAGUCACAAAAGACAGAGAAUCGUUUUGGCUGUCUCGCGAAGAAUACCUGGACCGAGGUAUAUCUAUUUUGGACAAACUGGGACCGAGAGCCGGAUAACCGUGAAUCAGUAGAAUUAACAUUUUUUGUUUUUUUUUAUGAGCAAUAAUUUAUUGGAAAAACAAAAGUUUAUUAUGUAUAAACGUCAUGAUAAUUAUUACCUAAAAUAAAAAAGUAACAUGACUGCGCCGAAGAAUUGCGUAAGAUUUAUAUAUAUUCGUCGUAAAAAUUGUUAAAAUUAAAACAAAAUAAUUAUUACUCAAAACUAUUGUAUGAAAAUGUUUGCUUCCAAAUUUAAUAAACACCCAAGUGUGAGUUUCAUGCAUUUAUCGGAAGCGUAAAAUUGUGGUAAUUCUUUUAUAUUAUUAUUAUUGUUUUCAACAAGAUAUCGUAUUUAUAUAAUAUAUUUUUGUUAUAUUAUUUUUACUUUUAAUAUUAAUUUAGUUAAUGUGAAACCAUAUUAUAUAAAUUAUAUAGUAAGUUAAUAUAAACGAGUAUAACAUUUUUAUUACUUGCACUAAUUAUUAUUAA